AUGUAUUUUUCUUUUUUCAUUCUUGUUUUUUGCUUGCUAAGAUUAAGUUUAAUGUCAAAGGCUUACCUAACCAACAACGUUGUAAAAUCAAAUUUUGUGUUGUUUGCAGUUAGGAAAAAAAAAAAAACUCCUAGGAUGAUUCAUAUUACCGUGAGUGCGGACAAUGAAAUAGGAACAAAAGGAGAAAUAAAAAAGGUGAAAUUAUCACAUGCCUUCAACUACAUCAUACCACAGAAACUUGGAUACAGAAGCACCAUCGAUGAACUAGUUGAGAAGGAAAAAAAUGAAAAUACGCUCAAGUAUAUAGAUGAAAUUAGAACGAGUUUUCUAUUGAGUUUCAAAAAUAGAAUUGAUGGGAUUAAUAUUCCCUUUCAUUUUACUGAAGGAGAAAAUUUUCUUAUUACCCAGGAUGACAUCCUGCAUUAUCUUUUAACAAGGGGACUAAUUAGAGAAAACGAUGACAUGUACAAUAAAAUAAAAAAUAAAAAUAUAAAACUCUCAGCUUUUGGAAGCUACCUCAUGAAGUACACCUUUAUGAACAAUAUUAAUAUUAACCUUACUGUACACGUGAUUAAGAACAAAUGA